GUAAGUGAGGAAGUUUCAGGCAGUUAAUCCGACGCCUCAUUCGUUCUUUCACUGAGCUGUCAACAUUUAAUUGUGAGGCGACUACAUUCGAUAUAAAAUAUAUAUAUAGCCAGCUAUACUUCUCUGCAACAACGUUUUUCUUUUUGAAAACAGCUGCUCUCGUCUUACUAUGACUCUCAGGUGAUCGUCAAAGAGUCCAGGUGGUUCUGCUGUGCUCUGUGGCCUUGGUGACUUAUCUGCAGAAUGGAGAAGGAAGAACUGAAGAUCGUGAAUAAGGAUGAGGAGGAUGAGAUGGAGCUCCAGGGGUACCGUGUGUGUCGGUGGCGUGUGGCAGUGGUGAGCCUGGGGGUGCUGUGUACAGGGGGUUUCCUCCUGCUGCUGCUCUACUGGAUGCCAGAAUGGUGUGUGAAGGCCACCUGCACCCGGACCACCGUCAGAGAGGCCGAAGUGGUGCUGCUCCAAUCAACCGAUGACUUUAAGCGCUGGUUCCUGGCCAAGGUGCGUGUGAUGCUGGCCCCUGGAAGAAACCCCUUUGACAGCCUGGAGACCCAGACCACUCCCCCCAUGACCAAUGGACACUCCCCCCACCCCUCGGACGGCUUCACCCAGGAGUUAAUCAGGAAGUACGCAGAGUACCAACCCACUCAGAUUCGCUAUUUUACACUCCAUAGCACAAAGUACUACUGGAACGACGAGGUCCACAAUUUUGAAGUAUUAACGGGCCUGGAGGACCGGGAGGUGACCUGUUCCACCGUCCACUCAGAGCACAGCACGGGGCUCACCAGCAACCAGCAGGAGUACAGGAGACUGUUUUUCGGAGUGAAUGAAAUUGCAGUGAAAGUGCCUUCAGUUUUUAAGCUUCUAAUCAAAGAGGUCCUCAACCCUUUCUACAUCUUCCAGCUCUUCAGUGUGAUCCUGUGGAGCGCUGAUGAGUACUACUACUAUGCCGCAGCCAUCGUCUUUAUGUCGGUCAUUUCCAUAGCUACCUCGCUGUACACCAUCAAAAAGCAAUACGUCACGCUUCAUGACAUGGUGUCAGCACACAGUAUUGUCCGAGUUUCAGUCUGCAGAGCCAGCAACGACAUCGAGGAGGCCCUGUCCACUGACCUGGUGCCCGGCGACGUCAUGGUCAUCCCUAGCAAUGGGACCAUUAUGCCCUGCGACGCGGUGCUGAUCAGCGGCACCUGCAUCGUCAACGAGAGCAUGCUGACAGGCGAGAGUGUGCCAGUCACCAAGACCAACCUCCCCAACCCAGGCGAAGGGGACAAGGAGGGUGACGCAGCUUACAGCAUGGAGGAGCACAAGAGACACACCCUCUUCUGUGGCACGCACGUCAUACAGACCCGCUUCUACUCAGGGGAGCUGGUCAAGGCAGUGGUGGUCCGCACAGGUUUCAGCACAGCUAAGGGCCAGCUGGUGCGCUCCAUCCUGUACCCCAAACCCACCGACUUCAAGCUGUACCGCGACGCCUACCUCUUCCUUCUGUGCCUGGUGGCUAUAGCUGGCAUCGGCUUUGUCUACUCCAUCGUCCUCAGCAUCAUGAACAAUGUGCCAGCCAAGACCAUCAUCAUUGAGUCCCUGGACAUCAUCACCAUCACUGUGCCCCCCGCGCUGCCCGCUGCCAUGACGGCGGGCAUUGUGUACGCCCAGCGCCGCCUCAAACGCAUCGGCAUCUUCUGCAUCAGCCCCCAGAGGAUCAACAUCUGUGGCCAGCUCAACCUGGUCUGCUUCGACAAGACAGGUACACUCACAGAGGAUGGAUUAGACCUGUGGGGAGUCCAGAGAGUGGAGAAGGGGACUUUCCACAUGUCAGAGGAGAAUGCCUACAAGGACACUCUGGUUAAGUCCCAGUUUGUAGCCUGCAUGGCCACCUGCCACUCUCUUACCAAUAUCGAUGGCAAGCUGUCCGGAGACCCUCUGGAUCUGAAGAUGUUCGAGGCCACAGGCUGGAUCCUGGAGGAGGCCACUGAGGAGGAGACAUCCCUCCACAACCGUAUCAUGCCCACCGUGGUGCGGCCCCCCAAGCAACUGAUGCCCCCCGAGCCCGUCAUGUCACCUGAACAGGACAUGGAGCUGUAUGACUUGUCGUCGGCCUAUGAGAUUGGUAUCGUGCGUCAGUUCCCCUUCUCCUCGGCGCUGCAGAGGAUGUGUGUGGUGGCCCGUCUGCUGGGGGAGAAGCGCAUGGAUGCCUACCUCAAGGGGGCGCCAGAGGUGGUGGCCAGCCUCUGCAAGAAAGACACUGUUCCAGAAGACUUUGCAGAGGUUCUGGAGGACUACACCAAGCAGGGCUUCCGGGUCAUCGCCCUGGCCCAUCGCCGCCUCGAGUCCAAACUCACCUGGCACAAAGUACAGAACGUCAACAGGGAUCAGAUGGAGGCCAACAUGGAGUUCCUGGGGCUGAUCAUCAUGCAGAACAAGCUAAAGGCUGAGACCUCCGGGGUACUGCAGGACCUCCGCAGGGCACACAUCCGCACCGUCAUGGUCACUGGUGACAACAUGUUAACGGCCAUCUCGGUGGCUAGGGACUGUGGCAUGAUUCCCCCUCAGGACCAGGUCAUCAUCGCCGACGCGCUGCCCCCUAAAGAUGGCCAGGCGGCCAAGAUCACUUGGCGCUAUGCAGACAACCCCAGCAAACAUGUGGGCAAAGCACCACGCCUGGAGGAUGUACAGAUCAAUCUAGAGGAUGUGCAUCACACUCACAAGCCUCAGGAGCAGUACCACUUUGCUAUGAGUGGCAAGUCCUUUGCUGUCAUCACCGAGCACUUUCAGGACCUGCUGCAAAAGUUGGUGCUGCAUGGCACCGUGUUUGCCAGAAUGGCCCCCGACCAGAAGACCGAGCUCAUUGAGGCACUGCAGAGUGUGGAUUAUUUUGUGGGCAUGUGUGGAGACGGCGCAAACGAUUGUGGUGCUUUGAAGAGGGCUCACGGUGGGAUCUCUCUCUCUGAGCUGGAGGCCUCUGUAGCCUCUCCCUUCACUUCCAGGACACCCAACAUCUCCUGUGUGCCUAGCCUCAUCAGAGAAGGGCGAGCGGCUCUCAUCACCUCCUUCUGUGUGUUCAAGUUCAUGGCCCUCUACAGCAUCAUCCAGUACAUCAGUGUCACCCUGCUCUACUCUAUCCUCAGUAACCUGGGAGACUUCCAGUUCCUCUUCAUCGACAUCGCAAUCAUCCUCCUCGUAGUCUUCACCAUGUCUCUGAACCCAGCGUGGAAGGAGCUGGUGUCGAGGCGUCCCCCCUCAGGUCUGAUCUCAGGCCCUCUGCUGUUUUCCGUGCUGACUCAGAUCCUCAUCUGUCUGGGCUUCCAGACCAUUGCCUUCCUCUGGGUCCGACACCAGGCCUGGUACCACAUCUGGACGCCACAGUCCGAUGCCUGCAACUCGUCCCUCCGUGCCAACUUGGGGCCAGAACACAACUCCUCAGAGGAGAGGGACGACCACAACAUCAAGAACUACGAGAACACCUCCCUGUUCUACGUCUCCUCCUUCCAGUACCUCAUCGUGGCCAUCGUCUUCUCCAAGGGGAAGCCCUUCAGACAGCCCAGCUACAAAAACUGGCCUUUUGUGGUGUCAUGUAUUGGCCUGUACAUAUUUAUGUUCUUCAUCAUGUUUUACCCUGUGUCUGCUAUCGAUGAAUUCCUAGAGAUUGUGUGUGUUCCGUUUGAAUGGAGAAUCACUCUGUUCUUCAUCAUCAUAGUCAAUGCAGCCGUGUCUGUAUUGGUGGAGACCCUCGUCCUUGACGUCGUCUUAUGGAAGCUUGUCUUCAGCCGAGACAAGCAGGGCGGCUAUGGCACCACCCAUGCCGCUCCAACAACACAGGGGGGCAUCGACCUCUGGGGAGCCAAGUGUCUGUCGUGGCUGUGCUGCCGCCGGAGGAAGGUACCCAAGGCGCGCUACAUGCACCUGGCCCAGGAACUUAGCGUGGACCCCGACUGGCCCCCCAAACCCACCACCACCACCGAGGCCAAGCACCCACUGCCCGGCAACCCCACUGAAAAUGGCUCCUCCUACCAGAUAAUGGCCGACUCCUAGCACCCCCCCGCCCCACUCUUGGCUAAAGCAAAAACACACACUCCCGACAAAAGGACAAAAAGAAACAGUGGUCUAUGGACAGAACAAGGCGAAAGAUGGGGCGAAAUAGUAGAAAAGGAUUUUGGGGUGAAGAAAUGGUAGUGUGGAUCUCUCCAUGCUCUUUGCUGCUCAGAUCCAGCACACUGUUCAGACCCUGGCUGGUCUACAUAACCCUCACCAACCAAACCCCUCAACCUGCCACCACCCCCUGGUAUACAAUGGUUUGUCUACUACAUAAAUACACCCCCAGUAUGGUCUACUCUAUAUCCACCCCGCCUUCAGCUGGUCUACCUGCAGUCCAAGAGUCCACGUUGUCCACAGGCUGGGUCCUGUGGCAGAGUCAGACCCCUGUGUCAUUAUUAUGAGUUUAAUCAUUGCCUCACUGCUUUUUAACCCUUGCAGAACUAUGCAGCGAACUGACGAAACUCCAAUCGUAGUCUUAAAACGGUAAUGAUUUUUACAAUUGUAAUUGGUGUUGCCGUGAUUCCUCCAUGAGCUCCAGACCUUCUCGCAUUUUUGCUUUUGUUUGUAAGCAGCCACCAGCCAUCUCCACUAACAUGGUUAUCAUACAGGGGACUUGAAGCAUGGAUGUGCAUGAACCCAGCUCCGUUUAGCCAUUGUUAUAUGGUGGUUGGAACACUACUGCUUACCUAACAGUACUGUAGUAUUAAUAUUGCUGAACAGGGACCAGAACCUUUUUGUAUUAUGAAACUAGGCAUAACAAGAGGCAGUAUGCAAACGGCUUGGAAUCACAGGUAGCAGCAACCCACCCCCCCUGCAUGUAGAAACCAUCCAAAGGCAAAAUAGACUUGCAAAAUCAUGUCAAACUGGCCUCACAUGGGCUAGUGUUGCUCCACAUGGAGAAGGUCUGUCUUUAAAAAAAGAAAAAAAAUGAUAUGAUAAUGGUGAAAGGCGAGGCAUUGUGAAAUUCAUUACCUAGCCGUUUGCGUGCGCUCUCUCCAUACAACCAUGCAACUGGCAAGAUACUGUACUACCAAUGUAUACUCCACUAAAGCCAUGGUAGCAUGAA